AUGGAGGGUGUUGAUGGUAUGCUCACAACCCCUGAUGAAGUAGAAAAAGUCUUAGCGGCUGCUCAGACAGAUUCGUGCCUUGCCUCGCGUGAGGCGGCGGAUGCCCUGCACCAGCGCAUCAGUGGGCUCUGUGAGGCCCAAUGUCUCGCUCAUAACCGACACUGCCGUCGCAUUUACAAUACACUUUGCAGAUUUCUUAAGCCCGAAGAGGUUGUGCAACGACGCCAGACAUCCGUCGCCCUCUGCCAUGUGUGGAAAAGUGCGGCAUCAAACUGUGAUGAUGUGGUGGCGGAAAUUUUGUCGAGACUUAUGGAUGCCAAGCCAGUGAGCAACACCUCCGACGAGGGCUUCACCGUCACGCUUCUGCUGGCGCUAAUAGCAAUUGACCUGCGUGACGUAGGUGAGGGGGUUGCCGCGAUGGAGCGUGCGUUGCAGCAUCUGCGAACUGAUACGGGGCGGGGGAAGGCAGGGGCGUCGGACAUGGCGGCCCAGCGCAAGGCGUUACAGCGACGGCGGGUUCAACGCAUCAUGACGCUUCAGGCCGACCGCGACUAUUCUGCCCAGCUGCUUAAGGAGGCGUCCCACCAACUUGGUCAGUUGAUGCUGCAGUCGAGGCAACUGCAUGCGAGUGCCGAGAGCCAGCGGGUACAGAUGCACGCAGUGGAUGUGCUUGCACGGGUGGACCACGAUCCCCCAAAAUGUUAUUCCGUAUUUAAUCUUCAAGUGUUACACCAGCUGGGCUUGGACCUGGCGACGCAUGAAAUGGCGCAGUCGGACCUGCUGGCCAAGACGCGGCAUGCUCAAGAAGACAUGGAAGGUUUUCCUGGGGACUCGCCAAGCACGAAUCCCAUUCAUGCGCCCGCACAACAGGAAAACUUAGAAGCGGAGGUUGGAAAUACCCUUGAAACUCUGUCAGCAAAUGAUCCAGCCGUUUCCUUGCGGGAGCGGGUGGAACGUCUGCUGAAUGCCGCCUGGAUAGACGGCAGAGAUGUACGGGGAGGGGGCUUAGUGAAAGAAAGCUGUGAAGACGACCUCCAACCCUUUGACAGUACCUCGCCCGCUUUGACGACCCACCUGUUGUGGCAACAACGGCAUGCGGUGAAGCGGACUCCCCCCAUGACUCCCUCGCACAGGCUCUGCACCACUCGUCGAGACACACCAACAACUGUUGCCGAUGACAGUCGCAAUUGGGCGCCCCACGGCGCGUGCGGUACAGCCGAUACACACCUUCAAAUGCAGGAUAAGGAAUUGUCGCAAAGGCAUCGACAGGGGGAUGCCGCUGCCUUAUUCAGCGACGCUGGUUUCACCUUCCCCGCGCCAUCGUAUUUGGGCGGCAACAACGUGCUGGAGUCGAGUACUCAAACAAGUCGCAGUGAUCGCUGCCCGCAUAGAGACGCUUACGAUUUGCGUUACAGCGGCGCGAAGGAGUUGAGACUUCAACCGGCAAGCCACUUUUUUGAUUCUGCCGCAGUAACGCCACUUCAAUGUGGGAGAUGCGGGUCGCCUCUCUCAGAGAGACCUAUGCCGGCUCAGAGCUGUGUUCCCACCGGUGGACUAUCUGGCGACUGUCGUCAAAGCAGAAUCACCACGCAGCCAAGUUAUCGUUCAACAUGUGGGAUUGAGGAACGAAAACCUUAUCUCACUAGAAGCAAAGCCCUACUCCUUGCGAGGAUAAAGAAACUUGCGCAUAUGUCAAGCAAAUUGCUGCCAUCAGAUAAAUACAAUAUCGCUUUUGCCACAAGCUAA